AUUCAUCAGAGAUCACACACAGGAGAGAAGCUUUACUUCUGCUCUGACUGUGGGGCUAGUUUCUCUCGACUGGGCAACUUAAAAACACAUGAACGUAUGCAUACAGGAGUGAAGCCUUACUCCUGCUCUGACUGUGGAAAGAGUUUCUCUCGACUAGGCCACCUAAAAACACAUAAACGUAUACAUACAGGAGAGAAGCCUUACUUCUGCUCUGACUGUUUAAAAUGCUUCACAACAUCAACUGAGCUAAAAGUUCAUCAGAGAAUACACACAGGAGAGAAGCCUUACUCCUGCUCUGAUUGUGUAAAAUGCUUCACAACAUACUCUGGGCUUGAAGGUCAUCGGAGAACACACACAGGAGAGAAGCCUUACACCUGCUCUAAUUGUGUAAAAUGCUUCACUUCAUCAACUAAGCUAAAAAUUCACCAGAGAACACACACAGGAGAGAAGCCUUACUUAUGCUCUGACUGUGGGGCGAGGUUCUCUCGACUGGGCCACCUAAACACACAUGAACGUAUACAUACAAGAGAGAAGCCUUACUCCUGCUCCGACUGUGGAAAGGGUUUCUCUCGACUGGGCAACUUAAAAACACAUGAACGAAUACAUACAGGAGAGAAGCCUUACUCCUGCUCUGACUGUGUAAAAUGCUUCACAACAUCAACUGAGCUAAAAGGUCAUCAGAGAACACACACAGGAGAGAAGCCUUACUCCUGCUCUGAUUGUGUAAAAUGCUUCACAACAUACCCUGGGCUAAUAGGUCAUCAGAGAACACACACAGGAGAGAAGCCUUUCUCCUGCUCUGACUGUGUAUGCAUACGUUCAUGACUGGGAAAAGUUACUCUCGACUGGGCCACUUAAAAACACAUGAACGUAUGCAUAAAGGAGAGAAGCCUUACUACUUAUUUGACUGUGGAAAGAGUUUCUCU